AUGAUCUCAGCCGCUCUCGUUACCGUUAUUCUCAUAUGUGCAGUUCUUUACAUCCUUCGACCAAAGUCCUAUGACAAAGCUAAACAAGGGGAGUGGAUAGGAGAAGCCAAGGAAGGUGAAACAAGAGUCCUGAGAGGAUAUAAAGGUAUUGAAAAACUAACAGACUAUACCCCACAAGGUAAUGAAACUAUAGCAGACUUGGUCAAAAGUUUUCAAAACAAAAACAAGAGCGAAUUUAUUGGGUACAGAGAGUUGAUCAAGCAAGUAUCUGUAAACAAGAUCACAUCAAUUGUCGAUGGUAAAGAAGUUGUCAAAGAGCUCUUUAAAUACAAGAUGAGUGAAUACAAGUGGAUUUCUUCAUUAGAGUUUUAUCACAUGAUUUGCAGAUUAUCAUCGGGCCUGAGGAAAAUGGGAUUCAAAAAGGGUGACAAAAUUGGGAUCUUUUGUGAGACUCGAUAUGAAUGGAUGGCUUUUGCACUUGCGUGUGCAAGACAGGGGAUAGUCUUAGUCACUGUUUAUGCAACAUUAGGAGAAGAGUCUGUAAAAAUAGCACUCAAAGAAACUGAAUGUUGUGGGCUUAUCGUCUCUUCAGAGACUAUAACUAAGUUAAGCAAGGUCCUUCCAAGUGACCAAACGAUAAAAGUCAUUUCAGUUGACACAACAACGGAGAACUGCUUCACAUUUGAAGAGUUGAACAAAUCGGACGAAGACGAAGUCAACACUCCAAGUGUAUCCAGUGAAGAUGUUGCCUUCAUCAUGUACACUUCUGGUACAACAAAGAAUCCAAAAGGCGUUUUAGUUGGUCAAAAGCAGAUUCUCUUGUUAGCCAAGCCAUUUUUCGAUUCAUUGAACUUCUCAGAUGAAGUCUUCAUUGCGUAUUUACCUCUAGCACACAUCUUUGAGUUGUGUAUUGAGUUUGCAAUUAUGUCAUAUACAGGUACUCUGGCAUAUGGCAAUCCACGCACGUUAUUAAGUGUUGGAUGUAUUGAAUGUGACUCUGAUAUAGUCGCUCUCCAGCCAACUCUGAUCAUAGGUGUGCCCACUGUUUUCAAUAGAGUCCGAAAAGCUGUUUUAGAGACGGUAGGGAAAGCACCAAAGUUGAAACAAAGGCUCUUCUUUACAAGUCUGUCAUUGAAGAAGAAACUGAGCUUUGACUACAACUUACAAACGCCGUACUUGUUUCAACCACUUGUAAGUUUGAUUGACCAUGUCGUGUUCAAACCCCUCAAAACGACUUUAUUUGGUAGUCGUUUGAAGGCUAUUGUAGUUGGUGGUUCUGCUCUCCCUGUUGAAUUGCAAGUUUUUCUCACGACAAUACUGCCUUGGACUGAUGUGAUGCAAGGGUUUGGGAUGACUGAAUUGUGCGGUGCUUCAAGUUGUAUGCCACCAAAGGACUGCACUACGUCCACUAUUGGAUUGUUGUUCCAAGACUAUGAAGUAAAACUGAGAGACGUCCCCGAGUUAAAUUACUUGACUUCAUCACACCCUCCAAGAGGAGAAUUACUCAUUAGAGGCCCACCAGUGUCCAAAGGAUACUUCAAAAGACCUGAAGAGACUAAACAAGGAUUUACAGAAGAUGGAUGGGUGUGCACUGGUGAUAUAGCACUUAUCACUGAAGACCAUCAUAUAUGUAUUAUAGAUAGAAAGAAGAAUAUAGUGAAGCAACCCUGUGGCGAGUAUAUCUCUUUGGAACUUAUUGAGUCCUGUUAUUCCACGUCACGAGUUGUAGAUACAAUCUGUGUCUUUGCAGAUGCUUUCCAUGACUUCACAGUUGCUUUGGUGUUGCCAAAUAAGAAUAUUAUCAAGGAAUUAACUCAAAAGACCUUUGAAAAAGCUUGCAAGGACAUGGACGUGACAAAAAGCGUGCGGAAGAUAAUGGAGGAGAACGAAGGUGGGAUGAGCAAUAAAGAAAAGAUCAAACAUAUAGCAUUGGUCUCGGAUGAGUGGACACCAGAGAACGAAAUGCUUACAGCAGCACUUAAGCUUAAAAGGUCGAGUAUAUCUACUAGGUAUCAAGUUGUCAUUGAAAGUCUCUAUGCUCGUAAUUGA